AUGGGAGAUUUGGGAUGCAAGUCUAGUGGUGACACAAAGAUGGAGCGCAGCAGCAGCAUCAGUAGCUUACCAGAGCCCUUCAGUCUGCAGAACAUGAGAUGUUACAGUGCUUCAUAUGCAACGUUUUCUUCCUACAAUGUACCUCCUCAAAUCGAUGAGGUCCCGAGGAAUGAGGAUAACAAGUUCAGGAGAGCAAAGUCGAUGAACGGAUGGGCUUUGGAUGACCCGGAGUUGCAGAGGAAGAAGAGGAUUGCUAGCUAUAAAGUUUACUCUGUUGAAAGAAAGGUUAAAGGGUCUUUUAGGAAUAGCUUCAAGUGGCUCAAAAAUAGGUACUCUCAGAUGGUUCAACAUCUUUCCUGA